AGAAUAAGGUGGGUAUUUCGCCCUGUUAUGCGAGCCCGCCUAUGAUCUCCUUGGUGUCUUAUGACUGUCCUGUCUUGAGCCGCGUGCUUCGCAGCCAUCAUGUUCUCAUCCACAUCGCGGCUCGCCACGUCAGCAGGAGCGAGUUCAUCGUCAGCAUGCGCCGUACUCCCGGAUCCGCGUCAUCAUAACCAUCAUCAUCAUCAUCCGCCAGGUGCUGCUGAUGCUGCUUGGUUCGACGAUCCGCACGAUUCUAAACCAGCCUUAGAAGAAGCAAAUCCAGCCGUUGGUGAUCCCCGCAAUGGGAAGCAGCAGCGACAACAGCGACAAAAGCAGCAGCAGCAGCAUCCAAGUGAAUGCUCAUGCAGUCCACUUAUUUCAGAAAAUGAGCAAACGAAAAAUGGGAACGAACAACCGAAAUGGCGACCAGGAUCAUCUAUCGCGAGCGGCUCGGGAGCUUUUUCAGGUAAUGGUGAACUGGAACGGCCAAGCCAAUCAGGAAAGAGUUUGGAAGUCCGGAUGGCCGAUCAGGUGACUCAAAGUCAGGAGAUUCGUAACCAAUCAGAGGAGGGUUACCCUCUUUCCGGCAUGAGCUUUCUGGAUCUUCCACAGCCGUUGAUCCUGGAGGCGCUCCGGCAUCUGGACGUCCACGAUCUCGCGUCGCUGUCGUGCUGCUGCCGCCUGCUGCACCAGCUGGCGGGAGAAUCGUGCGGUUGGAUGCGGUUCUACUGCGAGCGAUGGGCGCCGCCGCCCGUGAUUGGCGUAGGAGGUGCGAAGGAGGACGGAGGGAGAGAGGGAGGAGCAAGGCGAGAGGGUAGAGGGGCUGCUGGAAGGAAAAUGGGAGCAGGAGGCAGAGGAGGAGGGGGAGGAGGAGGGGGAGGAGGAGGAGGGGGAGGAGGAGAGGGAGGAGGAGGAGGGGGAUUGAGGAGCCGAAGCGAGACAAGGCAGUUGGGGCCCAGAGAAGAAGAGGUUAGCAGUCACGGCCCAGCAUCAGAAACAUGUCUGGUGCCACGCCGUGCCGACGGUGGUGCAGGUGGUGGUAGUGGUGGUGGUGGCAGUAUCGUUGGCACUAGCGGUGGCGGUAGCGACGGUGGUGCAGGUGGUGGCGAGCCAUGGCUGCUACGUAGUGGGGUGAACUGGAGGCAGAUGUACCUGCAGCGGCAGAGGCGGUCAAUGGCGUACCUGGGAAGGUUCCAGAGCGACUUCCUCUCGGGUCACACUGCAGGGGUGCGUGCUGCUAGGCUGCUCAUACGACCACCCUUCCGCUUCUCCCCCUCACAAACCUCCCCCGCACACCCGUCCCCCUCACACUCCUCACACUCCUACCCUCGUUCUCUGCUUGAGUCGCCUCUUAAUCGUCCCCUCUCUCUCGCUAUAACUGCCGGAUAUGAUUCGACCAUUCGAAUCUGGUCGUUGGACGAUUGGUGCAGCAGCGGUUACCACUCCAGCAGCACUACUGCUCACCCCUCUUUCAGUAACGGUUACAACUACAGUAGCUGUUACAAUCCCAGCAGCAGCCACAGUUACACCAGCAGUUACAGUUACAGCAGCGGUAUCCCCAUUGCCACGUCGCCGCCACUUGGCGAAACGCUACGGGCCGUGGCAGCUGGCCUGGACUUCCUGGCAGUGGGCAGCACAGACGCAGUGAUCCGCGUGUGGCGGGCGGCGAGAGAUUGUCCGUAUCUGUUUGACGUGUCAGGCAUGUGGAGCCACACGCAGGCAGCUAAGAUCCUUGCAGCUCAGCUUGCCGAGUCGGUGAAAAAUGGCCCGCCAGAUUCAAAAGAAGCGGAUACUCCUCCUCCCCACCCUCCUCCUCCUGUUGCUGCUGCUGCUCCGUCUCACCCGCCCUCCGUUCCCAUCCUGCUGCACGGUCACAUGGGCCCUGUUUCCUGUCUAGCUCUAGAAGGGGGAUACCAGACUCCAGGUCCUAGCAGGGAUCGUCUCUUCUCCUCCUCUUCCCCAUUCUCAUCCUCCUCUGGCAAUUCUUCUUCCAUGCCCAUGUCAUCCCGUCGCCUCCUCUUUUCCGGGUCUUGGGAUUCUACUAUCCGAUGCUGGGACCUCUCUUCUUCCCUCUCCUCCUCCUCUUCCUCCUCCUCCUCUCCCUUCCCAACUAUCUCCUCCUUCCACCAUGCCGACUGGGUCUACUCCCUCCAGCCCCGCUUCUCCCCCUCGCUCGCCUCCCCUCCCCGCCUUUUCUCCACUGCUGGUGCUGACGUGUACUGCUGGGACGUGGAGACCGGAGCGCUUCUGAAGCGCCACGUGGCAGCGCAUGAGGGGAAGGCGCUUGCUGUCCAUGCGAGUCUGUGCGGCCGGUUUGUCUUUUCUGGAGGGGAGGAUGGGGUGGUGAGGAUGUUCGAUGAGAGGGUAGGAGGAGGAAGAGGGAGAGGAGCAGGGAGAGGAGGAAUCUCAGGAGGGGGAAAGGGAGGAGUUAGAGGAGGAGGAGGGGAGGGAGGAAGAGGAGGGGAGGGAGGUGUGUGGGAAGCAGUGGCAGAGUGGCAUGCACACAGCAGCGCUGUAAAUGCUCUAUCCUUUGAAGACCCCUGGCUUGUUUCCGCUUCUAGUGAUGGCUCAUGUGCGCUUAUGGACAUUAGAGCUGCUGCUGCAUUAGCAGGUCGUUGUAGAGGCGGCGGGUGGGCUUAUAAGGGGAAUAUGCUGAGAGGAGAGAAGAGGAGAGGAGAGAAGGGGGGCGCUGGGGUUGGAGGGGGGACGCGAUGGAUGGGAGGAGGUGGAGGGAUGGGAAAUAGUAAGUGGGGGUCGGCAUGGGCUGUUGGUGCAAACGGGGAGAUAGGCGAAAUUGUAGAAGGCUCCAUUGCUAGGAGAUUGGGGGGCCUGAAAGGAGCGGCCUUGUGUGUGGAUAUAGGGGAUGAAAGGGUGGUGUGUGGUGGUGCCGAUGCGGAUGUUCGGGUGUGGGAUUUUCGGCAUGCGUUGGUGGAAGUGGGGGAUGGUGCAGAGAGGAAGGGGAGGGGGAGGAGGAAGGGGAAGGGGAAGGGAAAGGAAGAGAAGGAUGGGUGGGAGAGGUCAUGAUGAUUGGGAUUUAUAGUAAUAGAAGUCAUGGAAUGUAGAAAAUGAAGCAUUGUAGGAUGAGUUGCCUUCUCUUUUUAGGUUGGAGUGUUGGUAUAAAUCUUAAAUAUAGCUGUAGGAGAAAC